AUGCCGCACUCUGGCACUCCUGCGGUAAUGUGUGCUCACAGACAAGCUUCUGGUUUCCUUUAUCCACUUGAGAAAGGAUUCCUCUAUAUCCACAAGCCACCCAUGUACAUUCGAUUUGAAGAGGUUGCUUCUGUCCACUUUGCUCGUUCUGAUGUGUCAACGCGAUCUUUUGAUUUCGAAAUCGAGCUCAAGUCUGGUCAAGUGCUAGUCUUUAACAGCGUAGAGAAAGAAGAGUACAAUAAGCUCUAUGACUACGUUCAAAACAAGCAUUUGCGCAUCCGCAAUGCCAAAAAGAUGGACAAGAACUACGCCGAAGAUCGUUUUGCCGGUUCGGAUGACGAAAUCGAUCCAUACAAAGAGACCGUUAAAGCAGAAGGAAAGGAACGCACUGGUGCCGGAAGUGACGAUGAUUCGGAUUCUGAGGAUGACGACUACGAUCUUGACGAGGACAUCAAGAAACGUAAAGAAGACCGUGACUCAAGCGAAGGAAGCGGUUCGGAACCUGAAGAAGAAUUCGACUCAGAUGCGGGAUCUAGCGAAAGCGGUGGUGCAGGGGGUUCAGAUGCUGAGGAGUCACCAAAGAAGAAAAAGAAGAAGGAAAAGGAGCCAAAAGAGAAGAAGGAGCGCAAGGAAAAGAGCGGAAAGGAAGGCAAGAAAGCAAAACGUGAGAAAGAUCCCAAUGCACCGAAGAGAGCUCAGUCUGCUUACUUC